AUGAGUGGGAAUUCCGGCGCACCUCUUCCCGUCACGACGGUGAUUGUGCGGCGGCAAUGCUAUCCACGCGUUCCUCCCGAACUUCUACUCCGAGAGCAUGCAGGAAAGUUUCGUCUAACUGGUCUCACACUUGCAUCUCUGCUGGAUGCGAUUUCACCGCGCGCGAACCCAGUGUUACCGCCAUUUGUUGCACGGACAGACGUUAGUGGUGGGGCUACUGCUGAGUUCAUGGACACUCUGCUCAAGGGGAUUGCAAAGCGACCGCCCGUGCCGCGUGAGAAUGUAAAAGAACUUGGUCCUUUAGCACAGCGGAUGGAGCGGGAGGCAGCAGAAGCAAAACGGCGAGCAAACGCGGCGUCACCCACGCCGUCGUCAGCAACCGCGCUGGGAGGCCAGGAGGUUCCACAGGACGAACAAAAUUAUUCUGUCUUUGACCAAGCGGCCUCAUCACGUCUUACUGUCUUUGAAAUUGUACGUAGAACCAAUGGUAGUAGAAAAGCCAGCGGUAAAGCAACGGUGCAAGACGAACAUGAUGUGGAAGCACGGCACUCCAUGCGGAGUGUGUCGACGCACCACGAUCCGGCACUUGAGGAAUACGAGGCGGUGUGGGGUUAUGACACUGGGGCAGUGGUGCACAUGAAUUUGCACGCAUUCGCAGAUGAUCUCCACGUCCGCCGCCAAUACGCAGCGUUACCGCCGCGGCGUCGGGGAAUGCACUUGGAGUUGCAACAGAGUAAAGAAGGGAAAGUGGGUGUUGUGGACGAAUUGGAUCACAGCUCCAGUUCAAUUAUGGAGCAACAAGAAUCCAGUACUGAAUCAGAUGUCUCUGGUGAAGAGUUCGAUGAUGUUUUCUAUAGCCUCAGUGAGCGCGCACCCCGUGGUGUUUCAUUGCUGGGUUACCAUCCGGUUGGUGGUGUAUGCUGUAUCGUGUAUGAUGCACGUAAUGAUCUAGCAAUAUCUGGUGGGGCUGACGGUACGCUAUUGGUGUGGGAUUUGCACCAAAGAUACAGAACGGCCCUCCGAGAGCGAUACAAUAAAGAGGAGGAAACCCGCAACGCACGCCCGACACAACAAUUCUCAACCUAUGUGCACACCCGGCGACUGGCACAGAAUAUCCGCCACGCUCACAGCGGUGGUAUCAGUACCCUUGCCACCCAUUGUGAGCUGCUGAUCAGUGGUGGGGUAGAUGGCACCGUGAAGGUAUGGGCAAGUGACGAACCAGCUAGCGCCAUUGCCCACAGUGCUCCGCCACUGUAUGUUGGGCGCCAAGUCUUUCGAUGCGGCGGUUGGAUACGGCAUAUUUGGUGUUCACCUGGACGUAAUGUUCAGGGUGAAGACGUCUUGGUCUCAAGCGAGAGUGGCUGCAUCACAGGUUUCAGGGGUUUUACAGUGUCGCAGCAGCCCCUUCUGCAGAGUCCAAAAGGGCGAAGGAAGACGCUCUUGGACGCCCUCCGCAAUCCACAUGGCCCACUCACAAAACCGGAAUCUGAUAUUAAGCAGAAAACCGGAUCCCCACCAACAGGAGGAAUACCCCUGUCUAGCCGCACCGGUGCGAAGGAAAGCUACGGGCAGGACGAGGAUUCUGUACGAAAGAAGGACCACAGUGAGAAUCGUGCGCUUCGGCUCCUCCAUCGAGGCCUUAUUUCACGCGCACUGCGCAUGACGCGGACCCUUCAAACCCUCAGCGAAGAGGCGCGUUUGGCGAGCGCUCCUGGUAGCCGUUUUCGCGUAAAGGAGGAAAGCACAAGCGCCAUCACGCGGCUCAUUCCUCUUGUGGAGCGUAAUUUGUUCAUUACCGUGGGUUAUAGCCCUUUGGUACGGUUCCUUGAUAUGACCCGGUUGGGCGUCGCGGCGGUAGUGGAGCAUCCGAGUUUGAGUGCUGCUGGUGGUGGGAGUGAUGGCAAGCGCGGCGGCGGUACCCAAUCGACCUCUACGGAGCAGCAGCAGCAACAACAACAGGAAGGUGGAAAAAUGCAAUACAACAACAGUAGCAACAGCCGCACGGUGAGUAACGGUGAGGAUGGGGUUACAAAUGGUAACGAUGAGGCGCUGCGUUUCAUAGACCUGCUCUAUGUUUCUUCGUGUGACUAUUUGCUACUGCUAGACAACCGCAAUACUGUAUUUGUGUGGGACAACGCAUCUAAUGCUAUGCUUACCUCUUGGACUGUUCCCACUGUGAGUGACGGCGGAAAACGCAAUAUUGCAUUGCGGUUAAUGCCGUGCGGCACACGACACUAUGAAAGUGCUGGAGCUAAUAACGGCAUACCCACUCGGAGACGAAAAAUGUACAGACCUCAACGACGGGUGGCAUGUUUUUAUCAACAGCGAAGCGAUAUAGAAGAAGCAUUGAAGGUUGAAGACGAGGAACCGAUGGGCGCGAUAAAGAUACCCUUUUUUGUUGCUUGCACCAUGGGAAUGGAGUUGUGCGACGUUGAAAUUGCGGAACAUGCUCGGCUGGAAUUUAAAGCACACGAAGAUGCCAUUGUGGGAAUUUUCCUUCGCCCAGGGGCCCCAUUGCCAUCGCGUGACGCUUUGAAGGCGCAUACACACACACUUCUUGGUAAUGAGAUCCUGAAGGAAUCUGUGUUCCCCAAAAAGCAUGGCCCUUUGCUUUGCACAGCUGGUGCCAGGGCGGCAGGAAGUGCGGGCACCUUCCGCUUUGGAGAUGGUAUACACGGUUGCGGCGACAAGGACAGCAUUAACACCCAGGAGGAUGAGUUGAAAAGUACCGAUACUGCAUCGUCGUGGUUUCAGCAAUCACUGCGAGAGGCAGAUGAUGGUGACCGUCUCCGCAUGAUUUCCUGCUCCGUGGAUGGUGCCAUUCGUUUCUGGGGAGAUUCCUUUGAGCCUAUCCGUGCGUACCACCAUCAAGAACUCUCCAAGGAAGCAGACCUCUGCACAACCAUUCCGCACAAGCCGCUUGAAUAUGACGGUGCUCUUUCCCCUUUCGAAGUGCCCCCUCGCGUCAUACGAAACAAACGGAGCGGAUCAGCGCUUGAAGUACAGAUUGCCGGCUGCGAUGACACGACAAGUGUUUAUUUCAGUAACCGUUGGCACCUUGUUGUGACAGGGCACGACGACGGGAGUAUCCGUUAUUGGCCGUGCGAUCAACAGGUUGCGACAUGUGCAUGGCACAAGGGGCUUCAUCGCAACACCGUGUCUGGCCUCGUUGGAGCUCACAUCGCGAGAAGCGAGGGGCGUCGGCGCACAGUUGCGCGGCAAAAACCAUUUAACGAAGAUUCUGGACGAACGGAGCCUAUUGAACUGCUUGCAACUGUAUCUUUUGAUGGUUACUUGGCGGUUUGGGAAUAUCCCGAGCAGGCCAAGGCACAGCCGCACGGCCGCACUCGUGUUAGUCAAAAUGAACUUCAUUGUGUCUCAUUUGAUGAGACCAACAAGUUGUUUAUUGUUGGUGAUGGCGGUGGCACCAUUACCUCUUGGGACGCGCGAGACUUGGAGCCGCGCCGUUCUAUUCCAUCGCGACCGCCGUCGCCUUGGCGGCCAGCCAAUCCCCCGCCACACCUAGUUUUUUUGCCGCGUCCACAGCAGCAGCCGCAGUUGCGCAAACAUGGCAGUUUCAUGCAACCAGCCAAGAAAAAGCGGGUCGGCCACACGGAAGCAGUCACAACACUCCUUGUGGACGGCAAUUUUGUCUUCUCUGGGGGUGAGGAUGGGCGUGUGAUUUUGUGGGAUAUGAAUGCCGGCGUUUUGGUGCGGGAAUACUUUUUGCUGCACGACACCGGGGCCAUCGCAGAGCACCGAAGGCGGUCGGAAUCAAUUUCAAACAUGUACAGUUCAACAAUUGGCAGUAACCAUGAUAACCCGCGGUCAACUUUACCUGGCGGUCUUCCCGCCAAGGCGGUGUCGUACCAUCGGCCCGGGGAAGUCGCCUCCCUCGCGUUGCUCAAGCGCCGCCGCGGAGACUUGAUCGCCGCCACGCGCGAAGGAUGGCUUUACCACUUUCACCAGCACAGGGAAUACCCCCAUUCCACGUACAGACACAAUUCCCCUAUACGGUGCAUUUGCGUCACGCGGGAGGGGCGGGAGGGGGAUGAAGAAAGCGACUCUGUCGAAGAGCCGGGGGAAGACGGGGGCUGCCUUUUGGAUGGGGGUGACCGCUCGUUUGAAGUGGCGGUUGGCGGGGAAGGAGGAAGAAUCGCGUUGGUGAGGGAAACAUGUUUUUCGGCCGCCCUUUGA